CUCAUAGUUUCAAACAGUUUAUGUUUUGAGGACGGAUGGACUGAACAUUUUGGUAAAGCAUUUCGGUAAAUUUCUCCUUGAAAAUGACAGAGCAGUAUAGUUUUUCACUGACUACGUUUAGCCCUUCAGGCAAACUGGUUCAGAUUGAAUAUGCACUAAAUGCUGUUGCUGCUGGUGCUCCAUCUGUUGGUAUCAAAGCAUCAAAUGGUGUUGUCAUAGCAACAGAGAAGAAGCACAAAUCUGUCCUUUAUGAGGAACAGAGUGUUCAUAAGGUAGAAGUCAUCACAAAGAACCUUGGUAUGGUAUACAGCGGCAUGGGACCAGACUACAGGCUGAUGGUGAGACAAGCAAGAAAACUAGCUCAGAAUUAUUUCUUACAGUAUCAAGAGCAAAUCCCUACAUGUCAGCUCGUCCAAAGAGUAGCAUCUGUCAUGCAGGAAUACACUCAGAAAGGUGGUGUACGUCCUUUUGGUGUUUCUUUACUUGUUGCUGGUUGGGAUGCUGAUGAAGCCAGACCAUACCUAUUCCAGUGUGAUCCCUCAGGGGCAUACUUCCCUUGGAAGGCUACAGCCAUGGGCAAGAAUCAUGUCAGUGGAAAGACAUUUCUAGAGAAGCGUUACAAUGAAGACAUGGAGCUUGAAGAUGCAGUCCACACAGCCAUUCUCACACUUAAGGAAAGCUUUGAAGGUCAAAUGAACGAGGACAACAUCGACAUAGGAAUAUGUAAUGAGACAGGAUUCAGAAGGCUUGCUCCUGCAGAAGUAAAGGAUUAUCUUGCAUCAAUAGCAUAACAUUUCAUCAAUAUUUUCAUAUCUUCCUACCUGCCACAUGUGCCCUUUCUAUUUGGAUACCUUUUCAUGGAACUCUUUGUUUUAUAUUUCAUGUAUGGAAUGAUUGAAUAAUGAAUAUGACUUAUGAGUGAUCAUUUUCACUUUGUGCCCUACCUUUAAAAAAAAAACAACGCUGGGGAACUGAUUCAUUUUUUUAAUUAUUUUUUUAGAGUCAUAUAUUGAUUGCAACCAUAAAAAUGGGAUUAAUCAAAUGAUCAUAAAGAUAUAGCAAAAUUAAAUCAGAGUGCCAUUAUUAUGAUACAGGAGCAAGUUAAGUUAGUGUGCAACAGUCAGUAUCAGUACAGAUUUUUCUCAAACCUUAGCUCUUAAAAAAAAUCUUUUAUCAGUCACUGUGAUGCCAGAUACUCAUUGUAUAUGAAUUAGAAUGGGAAAUUUCUUGUUUUUUAUGUCAAACAUGAAACUUGAUUGCCUUGAGCCCCCCCCCCCCUCCCCCUCCCCUGAUGAUAUGAUAGACAGACAUGUGUAUACCGAGGUAUCUCAAAAAGAUAGGCAGUGGUUAGGUAGCAAGAUAUGAUAAGUUGUACAUUGUAUUUGCAUAAAAUGUAAUUAAAAAGAAAGAUUACCCUUUCUUAUUGUAUAUUGUCGGUUCUAAUGUAUGAUAAUGGCUAAUUUGUGAUUCCUGGAAAUAUCUUUGUCUUGUUCCACAAGAGUUGUGAAAUGAUAUUUUUUCCUUUUUUUCAGCCACAAUAUUAUGUUUAUUUGUUUAGCAGUCACUUCUGUGAAUCUUGGUGCAGUCUGAUAUCAGUCUGAACCAUUCAGUUUGGGGUAUUGAUAUACUACCACAAUGUUAUCCUGGAUUAAUAUUAGCAGCAUUAUUUAUCCUGAUUUGAUGUUGCUAUCACACACAAGCACCAUGGAGAUCUGGAAUGUGUUUGAACUAAGGGAAUCCAAAUAGGAGAUCACCAUGAAGAUUGGGGAUGUUGAAGUAUCCAUCGGUUGCUUUUAAAAAGAUGCUUAGAAAAAAGGACAUACACAUAGCAGUUUCCCAUAAAAUCUGUGACCAGUGAUUUCCCAUUACUGUUGCAUAUACAUGUAAUUUGGAAAUUAUGAUGCAUCAUCUCUUGUCAAAGUUGUUAACAAGCCGUGAAUACAUGCAUAUAAGUGAAGUUAAUUAUAUAUAAAAAGAGAUCAGGUCAGUUCAAUUUAUUCGUUUUCUCAGCAUAAAAAACAAUAUACAAUAUGUACAAGAAUUAAGAUGACAUCUAUGAGAGAAAAAAGGAAACUACAGAAAAGGUUAAUGAAAACUUGUGAGUUGUAGCUCCCAGUAAUUUGAUUAAAAUACAUAACAAAAUUCAAUGAAAAAAAUAUACACAGUUACACAUUGCAUCAGAAAUCACCAGCAUACAUGUAAUUGUUUAAAUGUAAAAAAAAAUCCUUUCUUAAUGGAUAUACAUGCAAUUCCUUGUCAAUUUCCACAUCUCCACAACUUCAUAACGUAUAUUUUUACCUCAGGAUCAAAACACCAAGUGGUUUAACAAUUUUAUUUCAUUUCUUGCAGUUGUAAAUCUUUUCUUUCUUUGUAAAAGAGAGAAGUAGCUGACAUAUGAACUAAUAUUAUGUUUUAUUGUGUUUAGAUUUUAUUAAUUGAUUCCUUUUCUAAGCAAAUAUUCAAAUAAAGAUACUGAUGAUACUAUGAGAUGUGGCUGAUUAACCAUGCAUAGUUUAUGCAUUGUUCUCUUUUACAGGAAAUUGUGCAUUACAUGUAUAGUACCUAAUUUUUUUUUUAUUGAAAGAAGGGCAAUGGUGCUCUCAGAAAAUUCCCAGUUCGUUAUUUAAACAUUGUACCUUAUGAGCUUGUAAUCCUCUGUAAAUUAUCCAACUCUUCAUGAGAUUAGAAGUCGUAUGGAUGGCAUACAUUAAACGUUUUGUUCAACAA